AAUGAAAAUAAAGACUGACAGAAACAGACGAUGGCUGAGAAGUGUCACAUGUGUCUACUGGGACUGAUCCUUUUCUGUUCACUUCUCACAGGUACCAUUGAAGUGGAUGACACUCACGAGUUCUGCAGUUCUGGUGGAAGUGUCCGUCUGCCCUGUAAUAAUGCUCUUUCUGACUGCACAUCAACCGUUUGGACCUAUAGCAGACAUUCAAAGACAGCUGAACUGAUUGCUUUAGGGAAAAAGAAGACAGACACAGAGAGACAUGAGAGACUGAGUCUGGGCUCUGACUGCUCUCUGAACAUCACCAAAGUCACAAAAGAUGAUUAUGGAUCUUACAGCUGCCAACAAUAUGUGAAUGGACAACACUAUGGAAGUGAUGCACGUGUUUAUCUGCAUUUUCUUCAUGUUUCAGUCUCUCCAUCAUCCUCUCAGAUCAGAAACGGCAGCUCUGUGACUCUCUUCUGUCAGUUGUAUCAUGAUCAAGUUUCUUGUGAUACUUUGGUCCGUGCUGAUGGAGUUCAGCUGAUCUGGGAGAAUCAGGCUGGUGUGAGCCUACAGACAGACUCUAGAUAUCAGAUAUCACCACCAGGAAACUGUUACAGCACUCUGACUACAACACUCCUGGAUGAAGAUCACAACACAGAGUGGAGAUGUCUGGUUACUCAGAUAAAUCAAGUGAAGACCUCAGCCACAUAUAUUGUCAGGUAUUCAGAUCCAGCUGACAGUACAUCAGAGACUGUAGACUUUAUGACUGAUGGAUCAUUAUUCAGAGUGAUUUUAAUUAUUGUUGAGAUUGCAGUGUUUGCGGCUCCUACUGUGAUUCUCCUUCAGAGUCUCUGUACAAGAGCUGGAAGGAAGAACUCUCACCACCCAAAGGAAAUAGAGAUGUCUACAGUAUUACAAUGAAAUAGCCUUUAUAAAUGUACUAUUUAUAAAAAUAUUCCAGCACAAUUUAUUUUAAAGCUUAUGGAUAUUUUAGAUAUUUGCAUACAGCUUUCAAUGUCAUUUUCCAUUGCUCUAUAUUGUACAGACUGCUUUUAAAUAUGUUAUUAAAUACAGUAAUCAACAAAGCGAGACAGGUACCUUAAUAAACGUAUGAUUGUUUACACAGAAAUCAUACUAUAAAUUUCUAUUUUAUUUUUGUCUUUAAAAUAAAUUCAACUU